AUGCCUCAAGGAGACCUAAUUUUCUCUAGUUUAAGGUCAGGCUCAAGACCGGUGCCGAAGAACACAGAUACAUUGUCAUCUGUUAAGAGUGAUGUGGUCAGCAUAGACUCUAAUCUGAGACGCUACGGAACUCAUACAGAGUCUGUAGAAACGGGCUCCGGUAAAAAUGUAACAAUUAGAAAUAAUACUUUGACAAUUGGGGUGAGUUCUGAGGUCUCGAGAUCUGCGUUCCACGGCCCGAGAAUGAAACUAUCCACUACUGGAUUGAAACCGCCUUCUUCGAAAGUAGCUAGAUCUCAAAAUAUCGAGGUGAUAAAUGAUAAGAAGAAUGAAUCAAAUGAACAAGACCUAUAUAACAAAACAACGAAAAGUUCUGUGGAGCUGGAACUUACGUUCCAUGAAUCUAGAUUCUCCACUGACCAAGUUAUGUUAGACAUUACUGCCAUAAAGGGUGCAAGAGAAGGUGAUCUAGCCGAGCUCAAGACAUAUAAGAAGACCCCUGGCUCUAAAGAUAAAAAAGUUUACUUCAUAAUAAAAGACUUUGAUUCUGAGACGAAGCGAAGGGCCAAGAGUUCACAAGUCUCAGUACUGUCCGGCCAACUACAGCAAGUAUUAGACCUUCCGUCCCGUUCCAAAGUAUGGGUAAAGCUUAAAGACAAAGAGUCACUGACUGUAGACUUGAUUGAGCUUCACGUUAAGGAUUGCCAUGUAAACAGAGGGGACAUGUGGAAGUUCUCAACAACACUCCAGGAUACCUGCGUCUUUCUCGGACAAAAAGUUAGUUUGAUUGAGGCUGUAAGAGCUACCGUUAAAGGAAUAUACAGAAAUGGUAAAAAGGUUUUCUCAGGUUACAUUAAUGAUAAUACCAAAAUAGUUUAUAGAUCCGAGUCAGCGAAGAUUUUAUUUUUGAUACAGAUUACGGACGAAAUGUGGCACUUUGAAGAGAAAGGUGAAGAAACAUUCCACAAGGUUGUUAACUCGCUUUUCCCUGAAAUAUUCAAGAAGUGGAAGAGUAUAGGCACACAUCACAGUAUUUCAAUUAUGUUUUGUGCUUCCGUGGAUAGAUCCGAGUCUUCGUUCAAUGAAGUGACUUCUGGAGAGAGAUUAAAAAGCACAGAUGACUACUAUAGAGUGGUAGUUGACCAGGUGAACAUUGUUCACUGGGUAGAAAUAAUGAAGACCUUGCGGAAAGAGUUUUUAAGAAUUGCACAAGAUCUAAGAAAUGUUAAAUUAAAUGAUGAUGUGAGCGUUAUUAGAGGUUCUUUGCCAUCAGUUAUCAAAUCAAACUUAUUGGAAACAAUAAAUGUCGCAACAAGUUUGAUUACGGAUCCAUUCAAGCAAAAUGAUUUACGCCAUACGACAACUCAUGCUAUCAUUGUUACUGCUGGCUCAGGUUUAUACGAUGUGGAUUAUGACUUGUUAAAAAUUACUACUAAAAAGCUAAUGUCACUGGAGAUUACUAUGGAUUUAAUUUGCUUAACACGUCCUCCUCUUCACAUAGUACCAUUACUAAGAUAUAGAGACUACAAGAAUGAAUUACACUACUGUACACCAACAUGGUUAAGUAUAUCAUUCUGGAACGACUCCUCCAGGGGUAAUGUUGAGUGGAGACCACGGUGUAAAAUAUAUGACGUCCUUAUGAUGGGACUAACAGAAACGGAGUUGAAGGACGAAAUUGCAUUGCAAUCAUUAAAUAUGAAUGAUAAAUGUAAGUCUGUAUCUGAAUUUAUGGAAGAUUAUGAUUCAGGAGUAUUUGGAUCUCAAAAUAAAAAAAUCAACGUUUCGGGUACCAUCGUCCCAGAAUCAAAAGGCGAUAAAGCACAAAAUAAUAACUGGAGGAAAAAUAAUGUGUCCAAGGAAAAUGAUUCUACAAAUGUGAUGGAAAGUAUCAAAUGGAUGAAUCCAACAUCUACAGAUGCUAUACUCCAACCAACCUUUAAAGAAGAGGUAUUUGCGCAGUUAUCAUCAACUUCUUCAGCCGAAACUGAAAAUAACCAUGCCAAAAAUGACUACGCGUCCACUGCCAAAGAUUCCCUAGCUUUGAACACUCUAAAAAGACUUCGAGACAACAAGUCAGGUGUUACGCAAAGGUUGUUUUCGAAACUUUUCCCAGAGUUGUCAAUAAAAAAAAGCACCGAAUCAUUAAAUUCCCCACAAGAUUCCCUUACAGGUACACCUACAAUAACCUCCACUACUACAGAGCCACUUCCAAUUUCAAAGACACACUCUAGACUUUCAUUUAAAGAGACGAACUUAUCCAAUAGAAACAAAAAGGGAGACUCUGAGGAUUAUUCAGUAUCAAGUUCCGAGUCAGUCAACGCUAACGUACAGGAAAGAAGGCCAUUGCUAAGUGAUACAUCCCAGAACUCCUCUAGAGCAAAUAAUAGCACGAAAAAGAAAAUGAAAGGCGAUAGUUGGAUUGAAAUUGAUAAUCCAUCAGUGCCUGUUGAUUCUGCUGUGGCAAGCUAUCUCAUUCCUAACAGAUGGAGAGACGUUUUCCCCAAAUAUGUCGCAAAGAAAUAUACAAAAUGGCGAUCAUUUACCACGCCAGCAGAGCUACCAUUAACUACAAGUUUAUUCCCCACACCUUAUGAUUUCGAAAAUCAAUUCAUGUUGAGAAACCAUACUGUCUCCUUAACUAUUGAACAGGAAGGCUAUCAACAAAGUGUUUUUGAUUUACUACAAAAUAUGUUAUAUGUUAGACUGCUAGCCGGUUUCCAGUUCUGUUUGGGCAAAGAUGUCAAGAAAGUGGAAAUGAUAUUAAAUAAAGACACGAGUGGAUCUCGAGUGACAAACAUUGUAACAGCUGAUAAUUAUACAGAUGUGACCAUUUAUAUGAGAAUUGACGAUGAAAUACAUAGAAUUGUGUGUUCUGAUCAAACUGUCUAUGUUCAAAGAUAUGUUAAACAUGAAGACUUAAAACUACUUCAAAAUUUUGCCAAAUAUACUCCAAAUGUAAAAACAAGAUAUGAAACUGAGUAUCGAGAAUUGGAUUCUGACCCCAUAAAAGCACAGAGAGAAAGUUACAAUUGGAAUCACAUGGACCAAGUUCUUGCUGGCUAUGGCGAUAAUGUCAUAGACUCAACUGCACAGAAGAAAUUCCGUUGCAAGUUCGUGAUUCUGCCAGCUGAAAUCCCACCAAAUACCUUUCAAUCAACUAUAAAUGGAAGAAAAGAGACCCUCACGGCUGAAGAAAUCAGACUCGAAGGCUUGCGGAAAAUCAUUUCAUCGAUAUCCCGUUCUAGGUUGAGAACUGAAAGCGAAAAGAAAGAUAAAAAAAAUCACAAGGAAGAAAUCCUGCCAGAAGUACUUUUUUACACUGGCUACUUGUUCGACUUUAUUGAAGAACAUAACGACUUCCUCAAAAAUUCUGGCACAGAAGUCAAGAAUUCUAUAUUCAUGGAAGAUGCAGAAACAUUGUCAAAAGAUGCAGAUCUCUCUAAGAUUGCUUUUGAACUUCAAUAUGGAUUGGAUCCAAUAAAAUUAGUGAACAGAAAAUGGCACUUCAAAAGACAUGAUAAUUGUUUUAUUGGGCUAGAAUUAGUGAAUUGGCUUAUCGAGCAUUUUUCUGAUAUUCACACCAGGGAGGAGGCUGUAAUUUAUGGCCAGGGUUUAAUGAAUAAAGGACUUUUCCAUCAUGUAGAAAGUAGACACGGAUUUUUAGACGGCCAUUAUUUCUACCAAUUAAAACCAGAAUUCACCACUGAAAAUAAACCUCUUUACAAAACCUCAACAAAGCAUAGCAAUGAGAGUAAUUUACAAAGGAAGAUUUCCACCAGUAAUAAAUCAGAAUCCACAAAAUCUAUGGAUCCAAUUGUGGCUACAGAGAGCAAUCAAAUAUCAGAGGACCAGAUAAAUAUCCCAGAAGAGCACAAUGUUACUGUGAUGCUAAGUAACGCGGUUACUAUAAAUCUUGACCCCAACAAGAAAUCUUAUAAAUUAGAGACCUGCGUUGCACAUUAUGAUAGGGUUCAUAAUCCCGAUCAUUGUUUCCACAUCAGAUUGGAAUGGUUAACUGCAACUCCUAAACUAAUAGAUGAUCUCAUAUCAAAUUGGUCAAGAUUGGUUGAGAGGUACGGUAUGAAGUUGGUCGAAAUUCCAUGGGACGAACUAUGCAAUAUUCCAAAAAUUAACCCCUUUCACUCAUUCAUGAAUAUAAGGUUGGCUAUUAAUCCUUGGGAAGAAGAAGAAUUCAAAGAUGAAUCUAUCUUCAAAGAACAGAAGUUCUUUUAUCAUAUCUAUUUGCUAGAGAAGUCAGGUUUCUUGCUUGAUAACAGGGCUUCUAAAUUCUUUCAGUCCGAAAAAUCUAGUAAUUAUCAGAUAGUUUACUCUUGGGGAAAGCCAAUGUUUAAAUAUGCUCAGUAUAUCCAUUACAGUGGUUCAUGCAUGGCUGAAAUCCGUGAAAAUGGUGAUUUAUUCUUGGCACCAAAUAAUCUCCAUAUAUCGAGGGUCAACAUAGGCAGUAUUAUUGGUAAAUCAAAUUCUUAUCCCAAGUUUACAUUGGAUGCAAGAAAAAUUAUGUUGGACUUCAAGAAAACAUGUGAAACCUAUGAAUCGCUUAGAGUCAUAUUUUUGGAAGCGAAAGAGAAACACCUGGAGAAUGCUGCCGACUUUGAGGAAUACAGUCCUUUCCAAUCAUUCAAUUUAUAUAUGUAG